AUGUUCGGAGCUUUCAGACCCACCAAUUCGUUAUGCUCGGGAUUGCUCUGGAAGAUCCCAUGGCGCCUCUCCAAAUUUCAAAAAGCGCGACAACGGAAACGCCUACGAGCAGUUGAUACAGUCGUGGCAGUAGUGGACAAAGCACUGGCAAAGCAGGGAAUUACAACGAAGGCUGUGGAGAGAUGGAAGGACGAAAUGCCUAUUGAGCAGGAGAUGUUGCCGAAAGACAAAUACACGAUAUUCGACCGAAAGGAGAAGAAAUACAGGAAGAGCAUCAGAAAGCUUCCAAAAUGGACAAGAGUUUCGCAAAGAGUCAACCCACCUGGAUACUGA